CAACCAGUGACCCCAAAACUUUUCUGAGCCAUCGAUUUCCCAUCAACAAAAUCAUGACUCCAUCGGCCCAAUGUCCUUCUUCUUCACAAAGAACCAUCAUCUGCCAGCCAUUCCCUGCCCGCCAUCCUACAAUUAAAAAAACCAAAAACAACUCCAGCCAUCCUUGCCACCACUGGAGAUGGCGCUGAGAUCUCCAGUGGCCGCCGCUGCGAAGCUCUCCGUUUCUGCUGCUUCUUCGCCUUCAACGUCGUCUUCACCUCCUUCUAAGCUCUCAUUACCGAGGAGGCCCACUGCACAGUCCCGACGACCCAUCUCCGUGUCACUCCCAACUUCCACCACCAUCUCGCUCCUGGGUCUCUUCUCGACUUCCUUGGAAGCUCGAGCAGUCGCCGUUUCCAAAGACCAGAUCGCCUCUUCCCUCACUGAGGUAGAGAAGACGAUUGAGCAGGCUGUGGAAGUGGGUUCGGGUGUUUUCGACACUACCCAGCGCGUUUUCGGCAGUGUGAUUGAUGCGCUGAAGCCGGCGAUCGAAGCGGCGGUCCCAAUUGCGAAGCAGGCCGGCGAGCAAGCAGUGAAGAUUGCCUCUCCGGCUGUUUCUGAGAUCUCCAGGAAGGCCCAAGAGGCCAUUCAGAGCACCGGCAUUGACACCCAGCCUGUAGUUACUGCCGCCAAGACUGUGGCUGGUGUUGCACAGCAGUCCACCAAGGUGAUUGUAGAGGCGAAGCCUAUGGCUACAUCAACCUUUGAGACCAUAUCGUCCACUGACCCUGUUGUGCUAGUUGGAGCUGUUGGAGCAAGUUACCUUGUCUACUUGCUCCUUCCUCCGAUAUUUUCCGCUUUAUCUUUCAACCUUCGUGGCUACCAAGGCGAGCUCACUGCUGCACAAGCGCUUGAUAUGAUCUCCACCAAAGACCAUAUCAUGAUUGAUAUCCGGUCGGAAAAGGACAAGGACAAAGCUGGCAUUCCACGCCUACCCUCCAAUGCCAAGAACAAGAUGAUCUCCAUUCCAUUGGAAGAAGUGCCAAGUAAGCUGAAAGGCCUUGUGAGGAACACAAAGAAGCUAGAAGCUGAGCUAGUAGCAUUGAAGAUCUCAUUCCUUAAGAGAAUCAAUAAGGGAUCCAACAUCAUCAUAUUGGACUCGUACGCGGAUUCAGUGAAAACGGUUGCCAGAACACUGACGAGUCUUGGGUUCAAGAAGUGCUGGAUUGUAGGAGAUGGGUUCUCAGGAGGCAAAGGUUGGCUGCAGAGUCGUUUGGGGAUAGAUUCUUACAAUGUAUCCUUUGCAGAGGUCAUCUCGCCGUCUCGAAUAAUCCCUGCAGCUGCCAAACGGUUUGGUACUACCACCACCAAGUUGCUUCCAGGAGGAGCUGAUUAAGAUUUGGAUGGUAUUCCUCUCUUUCGUUUGGGCUCUGUAUGGAAUGGUAUUGAUUCUCUCCUGGUCUAGUCUAGUCUAGUAUAGUCAACUGAACAACGUUGAACUCGUGUAGAUUCUUGUGAAUGCUUUAAAAAUUCCUGUCACUUAAUUCUUGUGUAUCCUAAAUUAAGAGCUCUUGAUUAAGCAUCUAAUAUUAAUACUUGGUACUUAGUUCUUGUAAUUGGAGUAUCGCCAAAUAAGAAACUUUAGACUGAAAUCCCCUUCAACAAGGUACAGCUCGUCUUACUUCAGAGAAGAAAUCAUUAUCUCC